ACAACAGGAUGUUGUGGUGCCGACCAGAGAGCUCUGAUAAGCUCGUUGGGGAGUUUCUUGGCACCGGACCCGUAAUCAGAAACAAGAUGAUAAAAAACUGGGGUGUCAUUGGUGGGAUAGCUGCUGCCAUUGCAGCCGGAGUUUACGUUUUGUGGGGCCCCAUUACAGAGAGGAAGAAGAGAAAGAGAGGCAUGGUUCCAGGUCUGUUAAACCUGGGCAACACCUGCUUCCUGAACUCUUUGCUUCAGGGCUUGGCGGCAUGUCCGUCCUUCAUCAGGUGGCUGGAGAAGUUUUCAGGUUUACCAACAAUCCAGUCAUGCAAAGACAACCGGCUGUCUACUACACUGCUGCAGCUUCUCAAAGCUCUGUCCAGUGAUGAGCCCGGGGAGGAAGAUGUGCUUGAUGCCGGAUGCCUCCUGGAUGUGCUCAGACUGUACCGGUGGCACAUUAGCUCAUUUGAAGAACAGGAUGCACAUGAACUUUUCCAUGUUCUUACAUCUUCCCUGGAGGAGGAGCGGGAUCGUCAGCCCAAAGUCACUCAUUUGUUUGACAUGCAGUCGCUCGAGAGUCUCCCUGAUCAAGAUGACAAAACUAUGACCUGCAGAAGUCGAGCUCCUCUUCAUCCGAUUCCGAGUCCGUGGAAGUUUCAGCAUCCUUUCCACGGUCGCUUAACAAGCAACAUGUCCUGCAAGCGCUGCGAACUACAAAGUCCAGUGCGAUAUGACUCCUUCGAGAGCCUGUCCCUGUCCAUUCCCUUACCUCAGUGGGGCCGGCCCAUCUCUCUAGAUCAGUGUCUUCAGCAUUUUAUCUCCUCAGAAACCAUCAAAGAAGUGGAGUGUGAAAACUGCACCAAGCUUCAACAAGGGACCACAAUUAAUGGGCAAGUCCUGGAAAGCCAGAGGACAACAUUUGUUAAACAGCUAAAACUGGGAAAGCUCCCUCAGUGCCUCUGCAUCCAUCUACAAAGACUGACGUGGUCCAGCGAAGGAACCCCCAUCAAACGGCAGGAGCACGUGCAGUUCACAGAGUAUCUGUCAAUGGACCGCUACAAACACAACAGCUCCACUCUGAGGACUCAGCGGAUCAAAUGCGCUCCAAAAGCCAUAAAGGCAGAAAAUUCCGAUGAUUCCACGGAGAAGCCCACCGCUAAUGGCACAGAUGCAGAGCAUCACAACAACAACAAACCUUUUUCUAAUGGAACCUGUUCGUCUGUAUUCCUUCAGUCUCCGGGUGCGAACCCACAGCUCAGCCUCACAUGUGACUACAGCUCUACAGAGUACCUUUUCCAGCUCACGGCUGUGCUGGUUCACCACGGUGACAUGCACUCAGGACAUUUCGUCACGUACCGCCGCAGCCCUCCCUCUCCUCGCAGCUCUUCUCCCUUCAGCUCCCAGUGGCUGUGGGUGUCGGACGACUCGGUACGCAAAGCCAGCCUGCACGAGGUGCUGUCUUCCAACGCCUACAUGCUCUUCUACGAGAGAGUUCGAAGGCUCAGCCUCGCCCUGCGCUCAGAGGAAUAACCAGAAGCUCACAGCUGGACUGACUUCUACCUUUCCAAUCAAACGGCUACACUUGAUGUGCCAGUUACCAACAGGCGGCUGUGUGACGCUGAGAGCAGAGAGGAAAGCCAUCAAGACUUAUUAAAACUUUCAUGGGUCACAGCAACAUGGUGAAGGUCACAGUGUGAUGUGUUCUGGACUCUCUGCCUGCUGCUCUGAUCAGAGCAGGAGGCUCUUAAUCCCAAAGAUAAUGGACCUGCAGGAUUUUAGUCAAAUAUCAUUGAUCAUGUAAGCUACUUUUCUUUGACACGUUACAAAAUCUGUCGUAACGUUUUGGCUUCUACAGGACAAAGAAACAGGAACACCUGACAAUGUAGUGCACGCUGAAGUAAUAGCUCUGCAAUACAUCAUUGAUGAUGCUUAUGUUACUUUUGUCGAGGCAGUCAGAAGUGUCGACUCAUUCUGUGGCAUUUUUAUGAUGCUGUAGUUUCAAGUAUUACAUUUGUAUGCAAUAUGCUUUAAGGUGUUCUUGUUAUUUUGUCCGUGGCCUGUACUUUACAGACACCGACAGAAGUAGUGGAUUAGGAUUUAUCAGAGAUGUGAUUUAGGAGUUGUUACAUAUGAGAAGUCAUAUAGGUAGAAUUUCCCUUAACUCUGGCUCUCUGUUGUCUAAUCUAACUUGCCUAAUCAUUCCCAGCAGUGUACCUGAUCUGUAUUGGAAAUAACGUUUCGAUCGACCCGGUUCAGCUGUUGAAUUUGAUAUUUAGCUGUUUCCAAAUAUCCUCACACUGUCGUGAUUUGCAGAGCAGAACAGUUGAGGAUCAAGUGCCAUGUUGUUGAGAUUUUUAACUCCUGAAACCACGAGUGCUACCAAUAAUGUGAGCGUCCAAAGAGGACUCUUCCCGAAAAUAUGACGCAUCAUAGCCAUUUGGCCUGGUGUGGGUGUUUCACAGAUUAAUACUGAUCUGUCCUCAGUUAAAGUAUAACUGCAAGUUUCUGGGCAAGUUAUACUGAUUGUUUUUUAAUUCUGUGUAACUGAGAACUGCCGUUUCCUACUGAACCAACUAAGUCAAAAUGAGUUGUGGUGCAAAAAACCCCUUAAUGUUUGCAGUUUGCACUGAUGUAUAUUCAUGUGAGAUUGUGUAUUUGUGUGCAGUCUGUCAAGGUGAUUGUUUUCAGGUAUUAAAGAACAUGCAAAUGUGAA